AACCCAUCUUCCCCUUCUCACCCUGUGUCACUACCACUUCACUCGACUCAAUCCCCAAAAUGGGGACGCUGCUCCCGUGUCACCCUACCCUUACCCUCCUCCCCGUCCUCUUCGCCGCCGCCAUCGCCGGCGUGCGUUGCGCGCCGGUGUACAGGCCGGAGUACCUGGUGGACGGGAACCAGCUGGUAGACAUGCAGUACCACAUGGGCCCCGUCGUGUCAGGCGCGCCGACCAACCUGUUCCUCAUCUGGUACGGCCGGUGGGAGGCCCCGGCGCAGGCUGUGCUCCGCGACUUCCUCGCCUCCCUCUCCGCUCCGGCGCCGUUCCCCGCCGUCUCCGACUGGUGGGCCCGCACGCCGCGGCUCUACACGGACCAAUCCGGCGCCAAUGUCACCGCCACAUUCGCCAUCGCCGGGGAGCACUCCGACGCCGGGUACUCCCACGGCGCCUCCCUGAAGCGGAUCGACAUGCAGUCCAUCAUCCGCACCGCCGUGGUCGCGUACCCGGACCCUCUGCCGCUCGACCCGUACAACGGCGUGUACCUGGUGCUCUCCUCACCGGACGUGCAGGUGGAGGAGUUCUGCCGCGCCAUGUGCGGCUUCCACUACUUCACAUUCGCGUCCGUGGUCGGGGUCACCGUCCCGUACGCGUGGGUCGGGAAUAGCGGCUCGCAGUGCCCAGGGAGGUGUGCGUAUCCGUUCGCCGCGCCGGAGUACGGCGCCAGCGGGCAGGGGGUGCUGCGGCCGCCGAACGGCGACCCCGGGGUGGACGGGAUGGUGAUCGUGCUGGGGCACGAGCUUGCGGAGCUGGCCACCAACCCGCUGGUGAACGCGUGGUACGCCGGUGACACGCCAACGGCGCCCACGGAGAUCGCCGACCUCUGUCUCGGGGUCUACGGCGACGGCGGUGGAGCAGGCGGGUUCGUCGGGAAUGUCUCCCACGCAGCCGACGGCAGCUCCUACAACGUGAACGGCGUCAACGGCCGGCGGUUCCUGGUGCAGUGGCUCUGGAACCCCGUCCUCGGCGCGUGCUACGGACCCAACUCCAGCAACUGAAGCCGCUCUUCUCUUCCCCGGAUCCGUGGCUUCUCUCAGGUGAUGCCAUUGCGCUGGAUGGCGUUGCAGAGGCAGGAAUGGCAAGUCCAUGGAUGGAUGGGUACGGCAUGCCAUGAUGUCCACAUACUGAAUGUCUGAAAUGUCAUUCAGACUCGAUCUGUUCCUUAUUUGUUGGCCCAGGGUUUGCGAUAGGUUUAUGGAUUUUGAUAGAUCUGUAUCUGCGAGGACAAAAUGCAAAUUUUUGCAGGAAGAAAACAAAUUAGGAUGCGUUUGUAUCGUAUUUUCAGCAUAAAGUACUCAUGGACACGCAAUCUGUUUGUCUGUAACUUUGAAGGAUGAUACGUACAUUGCUCAUACAGACUGACAAAGUGUUUCUUGCUUUUGACUUUCCUUUCAUCA